AUGAGUGAGGCGAAGACAGCAAAAUCGCCUAUGGACGUCGGUUAUCUGAAGCAGAAGAGUGAUGAAAAGUUGUUUGAUGAUGGGACCAAAUACCGCAGCCUAGUUGGAGGACUGUUAUACCUAGCAGUCAACACGAGACCGGACAUAGCAGCUUGUACGGCAAUUUUGGGACGGAAAGUGAGUGCACCAUGUGAAUCGGAUUGGACAGCUGCAAGAAGAGUGUUAAGAUACCUCAAAGGGACGAAGGAUUAUCGGUUGCAAUUGGGAAGAAAUCUUGAUGAACCGUUGGCCGGCUAUGCAGACGCCGACUGGGCAGGAGACAUGGACAGCAGACGUUCGACUACUGGUUUUGUUCUUUCGUUCGGCGGAGGAGUUGUUUCGUGGACUAGCCGCCGACAAGCUAGUGUCACUCUGUCGAGUAUGGAGGCUGAGUAUGUGGCGUUAAGCGAGACAUGUCAAGAGACUUUGUGGAUGAGGAAGUUGCUCGGUGACUUCGGUGAAGCUCCGGGUGCACCGACAACGCUGAAGGAGGACAACCAAAGCUGUUUGGCCUUCGUAAGGUCGGAAAGAUCGAACCGUCGCUCGAAGCACAUCGAUACAAGGGAGCGGUUCAUUCAAGAGCUCUGUGAUCGGAAGGAAGUUGCCUUGGAGUACUGCUCUACUGAUGAGAUGCUUGCGGAUCUCCUUACGAAGCCCCUAGGACCGUUGAAGCAUCAAAAGUUCUGUAACAUGCUGGGAUUCCAGAUGAAGAAGUGA